UAAAAAGGCCAGGUUCUGAGGCUUCGUAGCUUGGAUUUUAGCAGACCUUUUCGACAUGCUUUUACGAUAUACAAGACGGGCGCUCAAGUGUGCAUUGGAGGGUGUUCGGAGAGGGGCAGGAGGUGGAGGACCUGGCGUGCCAAUCAAACCUUUCUCAACAGGCCCGUGGAAGAACGUUCCUGGGUCUAAUGCCCCUCUCUUCCUUGGAAUCGGUGUAGCGAGCGCUUUGGGCGUAUGGUACGCCCCUAGUCUCUAUUCCGAUGGACCACUUGUUCUCAGGCGAGAUAUGGAUCGAAUGGUGGGGUUUCCAUUGGUUCAUGAGCCACAUCAGGUAGAUACCGAUGAUAGAAAUCUUGGCCGCAAAGAACGACGAGUGUACACAAGAGAGCAAGUGUCUCAACAUACAUCAAAAGAAACUGGUAUAUGGGUGAUACACGAACAAGGCGUAUACGACAUUACAGAGUUUGUAGCCGUCCAUCCUGGAGGUGAUAAGAUCCUCAUGGCAGCCGGCCGCUCCAUUGACCCUUUUUGGGCGGUCUUUGCUAUUCACAAGACAAAAGAGACUCGAGAGUUACUGGAACAGUUCCGAAUUGGAGAUUUGAGAGACGUACCCGGGCAGGAAGUGACAGAUGACGGGGAAGCAUUGAAGGGGUUGUUUGCGAAUGAGCCGGUGAGGGAUCCAGCGUUGGUGGUGAGAUCCGAGUUUCCAUGUAAUGCCGAAACCCCAAUCACGGCACUCGACCAGCAAACGACCCCUAAUCCAAAAUUCUUUGUACGGAACCAUUUACCUGUACCUGACAUCAAGAGUGGUGCGUACCGGCUCACAGUUGACGGGCCCAGCGGAUCACUGUCGCUUAGUCUACCGGAUCUGAAAGAAAAGUUUGAAAAGGUUUCAGUGGCAGUGACGCUUCAAUGCGCCGGAAACAGGCGCAAGGAGAUGCACGAGGUCAAGCCUGUUAACGGCCUCCAGUGGGAGCAAGGAGCCAUCGGUACAGCAGUAUGGAGUGGUGUUCGACUACGAGAUGUAUUGAAAGAGAUGGGAUAUGCACCCUCUGAGGAAAUCAAACAUGUUCAAUUUCACGGAGCAGAGGGUUACGGUGCCUCAAUACCGAUUGACAAAGCCGUAUCCGCGACCGGAGACGUGAUUUUAGCGUACGAGAUGAACGGGGAGGACUUACCGGUUGAUCACGGGGCGCCGUUGCGGGUGGUUGUGCCUGGACACGUUGCUGCGCGGUCUGUCAAAUGGGUAGACAGGAUUUCGUUGAGCGACGAAGAGAGUGAAUCACAUUGGCAGAGGAAGGAUUACAAGGGAUUUAGUCCGUCGAAAAAUAAUGUGUCAGAAGAAGACUAUGAAAAGGCAACGUCGAUCCAAGAACUGCCUGUGCAGAGCGCAAUUGUCUCACCAGCAAAGAACGAGGUGGUGGAUGCCUCGUCAUCUGUCGUUCCUGUGACGGGGUACGCCGUUAGUGGCGGAGGACGCGGUAUCGUCCGCGUGGACGUCUCUGGAGAUGGUGGCCGAACCUGGACAGAUGCAACCCUCCAUCGCCCUAAUCAGUCUCCAUCCGCAUCAUGGGCGUGGACAAUCUGGGAAGCCCGCGUCCCCGUUCCAAAAAAGGGAGAUAAAAUGGAGAUUGUGUGUAAAGCCAUCGACGAGAGCUAUAAUUCUCAACCGGAGGGUAUGCAGGGGAUAUGGAAUGUGAGGGGUGUGCUCGUGAAUGCUUGGCAUAAAGUUGCUAUCAAAAUACACCGGAAAGAAACUGAUGAGUAGGGAGGUAGUAGAGCAGUGGAGCUCUGACUAGAAAAUGCUUUUGCAUCUUUGUACAUUUGCUUUUGUCUAUGAAUAAAUUCCGUAUAGUAUCUGUACUUUAUUG